GCUUUAUUGGUUAUAAUGAUGUUCGAAUUAUUUUAUUUGACCAUUACAAGUUUAAUAAUUGUGUUCGUCGCGUCCUACAUAUUAAUAAUAUUUAAAUGUACACGAAAAGUUAUUGUCCAAAUUGUACUUUCAAAUGAGGAAAAUGUUAAACGUGAAUUCGUUCAGGCACCUGGUCCACAUCCUUGGCCUAUACUCGGAAACUUGGAUAUAAUUGGCCGUUUUAAAAAUCCGUUCAAGGGCUUUGGAACAUUAGCAAUCCAUUAUGGAGACAUUUACUCCUUAACUUUUGGUCACACACGCUGCCUUGUGGUGAACAACUUGGAGUUAAUACGAGAGGUUCUAAACAAGAAUGGGAAAUUCUUUGGUGGUCGCCCGGACUUUCUACGCUACCAUAAGCUGUUUGGAGGGGACCGUAACAACUCUCUAGCUCUAUGCGAUUGGUCUCAACUGCAACAAAAACGCCGGAAUUUGGCGCGACGCCACUGCUCUCCGCGAGAAUCGUCCUCUUAUUUCAACAAGAUGUCAAGUAUUGGAUGUGAUGAGAUUGACAUUUUGAUGGAAGAGCUGAGAAAAGUUAUUAUACCUGGACAACCACUCGAUUUGAAACCAGUUUUAAACGCAGCAUGCGCAAAUAUGUUUAGCCAAUACAUGUGUUCAAUACGAUUUGAUUAUGACGAUAUGGAAUUUCAACAAAUCGUUAAAUUUUUCGACGAAAUUUUUUGGGAAAUUAACCAAGGACAUCCAUUGGAUUUUUUGCCAUGGCUAUCACCAUUUUACCAGCUACACACGAAACGAAUUGCAUAUUGGUCUACAACAAUACGUAAAUUUAUUCUGGAGCGUGUUCUUAACCAAAGGGAGCUGAAUAUUGAUCCUGAGGAGCCAGACAACGAUUUCACGGAUGCACUACUGAAAAGUUUGAUAGAAAACAAAAAUAUGUGUCGUAAUACAAUUAUCUUUAUGCUGGAAGACUUUAUCGGUGGCCAUUCAGCUGUUGGUAAUUUGAUAAUGCUGGCUCUUGCCUAUAUAGCCAAGGAUCCAGUUAUUGGUAGAAAUAUUCAAUUUGAAGCAGAUGUUAUCUCAAAUAAUGGAAAGCGAAAUAUAACUUUGGAAGACAUGGAAGAAAUGCCUUACACCAUGGCCACAAUAUUCGAAGUUUUGCGCUAUUCAUCGUCUCCCAUUGUACCACAUGUGGCUACUGAGGAUUUGGUUAUUUCAGGAUUUGGAGUGACUAAGGGCACAAUUGUGUUUAUAAACAACUAUGUACUAAACAUGAGCCAAGAAAGUUGGAGGAAUCCCAAUCACUUUUGUCCAGAACGAUUUUUAGAACAAAAAUGUAUAAAUAAUGCUCAAAAAUCAUCAACGAUUUCUGAUAAGAGAAAAAUGUCCGAAGACUCUGAUUCAGGCAUAGAGUUCGAAAACGAUAGUAAAUUUGGAUUACAAUAUUCGCAUAUAAGAAACCUAAAAACGAAAUCUGGUACAACUAAUCAACUGACUGAUGAACUACCAAAGUUUCGACUGAGAAAGAAUCUUCCACAUUUUCUACCUUUUAGUAUAGGAAAACGUACUUGCAUUGGACAAAAUUUAGUACGAGGCUUUGGUUUUAUAUUGCUGUCCAAUAUAUUAUUGCGUUAUAAUAUAAGCAGUCCAGACAUUUCAACGAUUAAGGUAAAUCCGGCCAGCUUAGCGUUGCCCGCAAAUUGCUUUCCACUAGUAUUAACAGAAAGAAAGUAAAAUUCACAAAAUAAUAUUUUCAAUAUGCCAUUUGUCAUAACAUAGAAUAUAACCAAGCUUAAAAGUAAACUUUUCGAAAAUGUAAUUACA